CAGCUGUCUCUUCUUUGGCUUCGCUGUUUCCUCUGUGCAGUCCUCUAUUCUCUCAAGCUCAUUUCUGCAGAGCAGCUGUAUGAACUGCAACAUCUGAACUGAGCCAUUGAUGAGGUGAAUGAUGGGAGCUGCUAAGAGUUCAACAGAGGAAUAUCAAUGGUGGAUGGGAUUAGAUCUGAAUGAAAGCUAUACUUUUGAUUAUAACGAAGAUGAAGGGGAUGUUUGUGACCUAAAUCCAAAGUUUGAAGCUGUGUUCUUACCAACUCUGUACUCGCUGGCAUUUUUGGUUGGUAUUUUGGGGAAUGGAUUGCUGUUGGGAGUCCUGUUUCAGAGCAGGAAGAGUUGGAGUGUGACAGACACCUUCAUCCUUCACCUGGCUGUGUCAGAUAUCCUGCUAUUGAUCACGCUACCCCUCUGGGCUGCACAGGCUGCUAGUAGCUCGGGGUGGCAAUUUGGUUCUAACCUUUGCAAGACUACUGGAACUGUUUUUACGAUAAACUUCUACUCUGGGAUUUUUCUCCUGGCCUGUAUCAGCAUAGAUCGCUAUUUAUCCAUUGUCCACGCUACCCAUAUGUACAACCGCAGGAAGUCCUGGGUGGUUCAUAUGAGCUGUUUAUUGGUGUGGGUCUUCUCUUUGCUCCUCUCCAUCCCUGACUGGCUGUUUUUAGAGGUUGUGUCAGACGACAGACGGAACAUAGAACAGUGUACUCGUAAUUAUUCCAAAUUUACCAGCAUCCCCGAAGAAAUACAGACCCAAAGAAUGGGAGCACGAUGGCUAUACCAUGCUGUGGGCUUUUUGCUUCCUUCAGUUGUCCUGAUUUUCUGCUACUCCUGCAUCUUGCUCCAACUGCAAUGUGGCUCCCAAAGCCUCCAAAAGCAAAGAGCUUUUAAAGUCAUAAUAGCUGUGGUGGGAGUUUUUUUUCUCUGCUGGACACCAUAUAAUAUUGUACUUUUGGCAGACACAAUUCAAAACAACUCAACAGGCAUCUCAACUUGCAGCUCAAUGGCAUCCAUGGGAGAAGCUCUGACUGUAACAGCUUCUUUGGGAUACCUUCACUGCAGCCUCAAUCCUAUUCUGUACGCCUUUGUAGGUGUGAAGUUCCGCCGUCAGCUGGUUAUCAUCCUGAAGUCUAUGAGCUGCAAACUGAAGACCCGUAUAAAAUCAGAAUCGUUCACCAGGAAAAGCUCCAUUUGGUCUGACUCUAGAGAAACCUCAAAUUCCAUAGCAAUCUGAAUGUAUAAUAUAAAACCAGCUAAAAAGACAAGUGACAUAAAUUAACCAGAAGGCUAUAGCGUCCGUCAUCAACUGCAAAGCAACAAGAUACAGUUUUCUCAUAACCAGGCAGCUGUGUAGGAUAAGAUAACUUGGAAUUUAUUUUGACAUGUGAAAGAAAAAAAUGGUGCAUUUGUAUAUAUUUUAAACUGCAAAACAUUUAAAUAUAAACAGGCUAUU